GAGGCGCGGCCGAGGGUCCCCAGGCCCCGGCCCCGCGCGCGGCCUCCGCCUCCGCUGCUGCCCUGGAAACGCGUUCCGUUCCGGGAAGCCAAGUCCCGCCCGGUCUCCGUCCAGAAAACAGAAAUGAAGCUGCACAUUGAGGAAGCCAUUUCAACCAUUGGCAGACAGAUGCCACAGAGAGUCUGAGAUUUACCAUCGUGUGACACAAGAGGCACAGAGUGAACAACUGUAGCCUUGCUAUUGGAAAGCCUAACACCAUCUUUGAGAUAUUCUUCAGACUCUGCAUUCUUGGGGACCCACUGAUGUCAACCAGACCUGUGGACAUGCGUGGGAAUGGACCCAGCAAGCCUUGAGACCCCAUACCCAGGAAAUGUCCCAACUGAGAAGAGGAUUUCUGCUUCCCAACCCUAGGCACCAAAGACUACAAAACAACCUUUGCUAAUGGUGGGAAAGAAACAGCUUCUUGGGAAACAAGACUUCAUCAUGCAAGAGUUUUUAAGUGUAUGUCCAGUUUUUUUAUUAAAAAAGGAGAAAAAGCCUUUCUUGAGUCAGAAAUAUUUCUCAAACCACUACAGAAUAACAAUUAUGACUCUCCACUUUUUAUUUCUAUUGCUGAGUUGAAAAAGAUGACUGUCUACAAUGCCUACACCAGAGGAUAUUAUUCUACAAAUAAGGGCCCAGCAUGACAUUUAUGAGAAAGCUGGGGUCCUCCUGUGUGAAGCUGAUUGGUGGUCAGCCAGGGCGCUGCAAAUAAAGGCACCUUCUCCACCCGGCUGUUCAGACGCGGGGCAGAGGGUUGCCUCUGCCUGUGGAACUUGAGGACAUCCUCAGCUCCCCUCACAGCAGCACAGGUCUGCGGCCAGCGAAGAGAAACCAGAUUCCAAAAAUGAAACAUCUUCUUCCCCGGUUCCCUUCCAUCUUGGUCAUCUACUGCUUCUGCAUGCUACAGAUUCCCUCCUCAGGACUUCCACAACCUUUGCCUGAUCUUCCAGAUGGCUUGGAUAUUGUGCAGCUUGAGCGACUGGCAUAUUGUCUGAGUCAGUGGGCAACUCUUUCUAGCCAACCUAAGGUGAACCAAGACAGAUACAAACGGUUUUUAUUCCACUACUCCAGAACUCAGGAGCCAACACAUCCAGUUAAAACUGGGUUUCCUCCCGUGCAUCCUUUAAUGCGCCUGGCUGCCAAGCUCGCCAACAGACGGAUGACAAGAUUUCUGCAGCGCGGGUCAGGGGCUGCUGCAGUGCACUUUACCAAGAAGGAUCACACUGCCACCCUGGGACGACCAUUUUUCCUUUUCAGGCCAAGGAAUGGAAGAAACAUUGAAGACAAGGCCCAGCCUGUGGAAGAGGAAAGCCAUGCACAAGGGCAGCUCUGGGACUCCUCUGUCUCUCGUGAUGAUGCGGUCCCAGGGAUAUGUGGCCACUGUCCCACGGUUGCUGCCAGCAGGCAGCAGCAGUCAGGGCCCCAGAAGUCCAAGGUGCCUGACAAGGCUGUCCCACUGCUGGGAGUCAAAAUACCCAGCAAACACAAGGGGAAGAUGUUCCCUUAG